AUGCUGGGACCUAUAUCCCUCCAAACCCCGAAGCCCGGCGCGCGCUGGACCUGGGAGUCGCCCAGCACCCUCCGGGCGCGCGGACCGCUGCUGCGUGGGACCGGCCAGGAGCGCUCCCCCUCCAGGACCUCCUGCCGACCAGUCUCUUUGUUUGGCCAAAGGCGGAAAAAGCAGGUGCCCCUUACACCCAGAACCUGCGCUAAUGAAUUGUCCGCGCUCGCGGUCCUCUCGCCUCCCCCCGCCAAGGGCACAGUCAGUAUCCGGAGACCGAAGACAGCUCAGCCAGCAGGUGAAGGCGGAGAGAAACCUGGGGCUUCCACAGAGGGAGGAUCUGUCAGUUUAGAGCUCCGCAAGGAAACAGUGUUUCCGCGACCGUAUUCACAGCCUCGGAGGAACCGCUGCCCGCGUCCGGGCGAGGACUGGAGCUCAAAAGCCGCGAGGCUCCCCCGACCCUCGCCGUGGGGGAGUCCAGCUCGCCCGGGUUUCCGGCCGCAGAACCGCACGAGGCUGAACGCUGCGCACGAGGGAGGCGCGCUCUGGGCCGGGAGCCUCGGGAUGCAGGCGCUUCAAUCACUUAUUAUGGAUGCUUUCCAUGAUAAAGGAUUUCAGAAAAUAAAAGAGUAUUUUCAACAGAGAGAAAGCCGCGUUCCUCAAAAAUACAAUCAUCUUGUAUUUUAUUAUCUUGACAGAUCCAUAAAUAAGCAACUGGAGAAAAAUGAAUUUCGGCAUGUUUCGCUGUUGCUGAAAUGUCUUCAACGAUUCUUCAUUGACGGCCUCAAGGAAGAGGAGCCUUUGCUGAUUCAGCAGGGGCUGAUCCCAAAGAUGGUUUCCUGGUUUGAAAAAACAACCGCAUUUCUGACCAUGGCAGAGUCAGCGUCCGACACAUCCCUCACUGAUGUUAUAGAAGACUUCUUUGACACAGCCUUGAUUAUUUCCAGGAGUAGUAGUAAAGGGAAAAUGCAGAUUUUGGAUUCCUUCAUAUUUACCUUAGGGUUUCUGGUGACAGAAAAGACUGUAAGUCAUCUGAUUCAACAGGAGGCUUUGAAAACUUUGAACUCCAUUUUGCAUGACAUGCCUCAGGAAGAGCGAAGACGACUCCCUUUGUUGGAAGGCCCAAGUCGUCUUAUGAAAGACCUUGCAAGGACAAUCUUGACUGUGGGUGAUUAUGACCAGCAGGUUGCACUUUCUGAAGCAUUGUGUAGACUGACCUUGAAAAAAUCAAGGGCUGAGCUUGUUCAUGAGUGGUUUGAAGAUGAUGUAAUUGCUGAAGCUUUCAAAGAAAUUAAAGAUCGAGAAUUUGAGACGGAUAGUAGACGGUUUCUCAAUUACCUAAAUAACCGACUUGGUGAUAAGAAAAGGGUCUAUUCAUUUCCGUGUAUUGCUGCUUUUGCUGAUGGGCAUGAGAUGAGAAAACCAGAAGAUGAAAAACUAGAGAAAUUUUGGAUUGACUUCAACCUCGGAAGUCAGAGUGUCACUUUUUAUAUAGACAAUAGUAAGAGUGCUCUAUGGGACUCAGUAAGACUUUUGAAGGAAGCAGUGGUUAAUUUCAGCGUACUAGAAACUGAAAAUAGGAAGAUCCUCAUUAUUUGCCUGAAGAAACCUAUUAAUAUUGACAACAAAGAAGUGAUGAAAAUAGAGGUCCACUUUGAUUCGCAAUUCAACAUAUCACAAGCUUCCAUUGAAGCUUUAGGAGAAGACAGACAGAUGUUGCCUGACCAGACAAGAAGCUCCUCAGAACUUUCUAGUAAAUUUGAGAAAGAAGACCUUGACGUUCCUAGCACCCUUGAAAGAGAGACAGACCAGAAAGAAGAAUCCACCAAGCUGGCAGAGUUAAUGAGUGCCAGAGAUGACCAAUGCCCAAUAACUCUCCCCUUAAAUGACCAGUCUGAGCCUGUCGUGAUCACUUCAAAAGAUUCCUCAGAUUUACAAGAACCAUCAGUAAAAAUUCAGGAUCCUAAAUUAAAUGACAAAUCCAGGGGCGAAUCUGCUUCUGAGGGUGGAAGAAAGCAGGAAACAGGGACGCAGCUUAAUUACAGGAAACACAUCUUCUCGGAGAGUAAUAAAGAUUCAAGUAGUAGCACCAGUGAACGAUCUUGGACCAGCAACCAAAAAAAGAAAUCCCUAAAACCAUAUUCUGGUAGAAAAAAGACAAGAAUCAGAAACAGCAUAAGAGUUUUGCCAUUUUCCCCUCCCAGCAGUGGCAGUGACCAUGAGAAAGACCAAGCUAAACUUCUAACACCAUCAUGGAAGGAAACCUCCAAGCAGAAUAAUUCCACACUUCUAAAAAUUUCUGUAACAAAAUUUCAGGGUAAUUCUGACUUUUUAACUCCUGAAGAUUCUGCCCAGAAAACAGAACAUCAAAGUCCCCACCUGCCGAGCGAUCUGUCAUCCUUGGAGCAUUCAGAAGUUGAAGAAAAUAUAUCGAAGGAAAACACUGUAGACCAAGAAUCCUUGAUGGAAACUCCUAGCUUCAAACAUAAACUGCAAAGCUUGGAAGACGGAGACCUAGCAGAUGGCAGUUUUGCUAAGUCAAAACAGUCAAAAUUGGAAGAAGAUGAUGCUCCAGAGUCCCUCCCCUCAGUGACGGAAGAGACCGACUUAGCAGAAGGCAUUCCUACUCCAUCCCUAGUGGUUGUGCCCGAGAAUUUGAAGAGUUCUGCUGUCCUCCUAGCCCUCGAAAACUUCACUAGAGAACUGCAAAGGAAAUCAGAGCUUAGGUACGAAGGGAGUCCACUUUAUUCAGAAGAUGCCAAGCAAGCUCCAGAUUGCUUAAUCCGACUUUUAAACCAGAUACGUCAAUGCAGACUGAAUAAACUAGAGCAGUUUCACAGUUUUGUUCUUCAAGAGCUGAACAGUCUUGAGAAGGAUAUUCAGACUCUGAAACACCUUGAGAAGGAUGUUCUGGAAUUUUGGGAAAAACAGUCUGAUGACUUGAAAUCAUUCUGCGAUCUCCAAGUACUGAGGUAA